GAAGUGACUCGAGCUUCAGAUGCGGAAUAAAAACGAAGCUUUAGGAUGUUUGACGAUGAAAGUUUCUCGAUUACAACACCUGUGUAGUGGAUAACACUGAAAUACAAACCAGAAGGCAAGUGUACACAUAUCUGAAGCUAACCUGGGAGUUUUAGAAAACGAAUGGCGGGCGGUAAUUUACAGAAAGCCAUAGAUCUGGCCAGCAAAGCCGCAGAGGAAGACAAAGCCAAAAACUAUGAAGAGGCCCUCAGAUGUUAUCAGCAUGCUGUCCAGUACUUCCUGCAUGUUGUCAAAUACGAGGCGCAGGGCGAACGAGCGAAGCAGAGCAUCAGGGCCAAGUGUGCCGACUACCUGGACAGAGCUGAGCAGCUGAAGGAAUACCUGAAGAAAAAGGAGAAGACUCCACCCGCCAAGCCUGUCAAAGAGUCUGGAGAUAAAGGGAGUGAAAGUGAUGAAGAUGAAGACCAAGAAAAGAAGAAAUUCAAAAAUCAGCUCUCGGGUGCCAUUGUUAUGGAAAAGCCAAACGUGAAGUGGAACGAUGUAGCUGGGCUUGAGGGAGCCAAAGAAGCCUUAAAAGAAGCAGUUAUCCUGCCCAUCAAAUUCCCUCAUCUGUUCACAGGAAAACGAACUCCGUGGCGAGGGAUCCUUCUGUUUGGCCCUCCAGGAACAGGGAAAUCCUACUUGGCCAAGGCGGUAGCUACAGAGGCAAAUAAUUCCACCUUCUUCUCCGUCUCCUCCUCUGAUCUGGUGUCCAAGUGGCUGGGUGAAAGUGAAAAGCUGGUGAAGAACCUGUUCGCUUUAGCUCGAGAACACAAACCAUCGAUCAUUUUCAUUGACGAGAUUGACUCCCUCUGUGGCUCGAGGAGCGAGAAUGAGAGUGAAGCAGCUCGCAGAAUCAAAACAGAGUUCCUAGUCCAGAUGCAAGGUGUUGGAAACGAUAAUGAAGGAAUUCUUGUUCUGGGUGCAACAAAUAUUCCGUGGACGCUGGAUUCUGCCAUCAGGAGAAGGUUUGAAAAACGAAUUUACAUUCCUUUGCCAGAGGACCACGCCCGGUCUGCCAUGUUCAAACUGCACCUGGGCUCCACCCCCAACGACUUGACGGACCAGGACUUUGUUACUCUAGGCAAGAAGACAGAGGGUUACUCAGGAGCAGACGUCAGUAUAAUCGUCAGAGACGCCCUCAUGCAGCCUGUCAGGAGGGUUCAGUCUGCCACUCACUUCAAGAAGGUUCGGGGGCCGUUGAUAAACAGCCCAGAAGUCGUGGUUGAAGACCUGCUGACUCCGUGCUCACCAGGAGAUCCCAGUGCCUUGGAGAUGACGUGGAUGGACGUUCCUGGGGAUAAACUUCUAGAGCCCAUUGUGUCCAUGACGGACAUGCUGAGGUCUCUGAGCAACACCAAGCCCACAGUCAACGAGCAGGACUUGGACAAGCUGAAGAAGUUCACCCAAGAUUUUGGUCAAGAAGGCUAAAAAACACUCGUCUACUUAAAAGAUCCAACUGCAGUCGAUUAUUUUCACCAUCCGUC